UGUGUGUGAUAUAGGGGCAGAAGAAGACGCUUUGCAGCUGUUUAUUAUUACAAACAGUGUGUAUGUGUGUAUGUGUGUGAAUUGGAUACUCACAGCUCGAGCAAGGAGCUGCUGCACAUUACGAGAUGUCCAGACAGAGCACUCUCACUGCAGCAGUGGCAACCUUGUUAGGAGCCACUCUUGGAGGACUGUUCCUGUGGCGUAGUAUAUAUGCACAGAAGAGAAAAGCUCUCAAAGUCCAAAAGGACACACGUCAAUUGCCUGUGGAGCGACUCGGACCUCUGGAAUUGAGCAGCACCUCUGUACAGCAUCCACAACAGGAACUCGCACCACCAUCGCUAGCACAGACUCCCAAAUGUGUUUCAGUGCCAUCCAUUGAGAAGUUACUGGAGGUGCCAGCGGUGGUGGUGAGCUCAACAGACGAGUUUGAAGAACACUGGCCCUUGUUCCAGAAGGAGCUGGCAGUCUUCCCUGUCCUGGGUUUAGACUGUGAAUGGGUAAAGAGCAUGCGUGUUUCCAUCAAAGGGAAAGCAUGUGCCGUGUCUUUGCUCCAGAUGGCUACGUACUCAGGCCGCUGUAUGCUGGUCAGACUGCUGCCGUUUCGUGAUGCACAGCUGCCUCUUCCCAACGACUUGGUACAGGUGCUGAGAGACACUCAUGUGCUGAAGGUGGGUGUUGGCUGCUAUGAAGACAGCAAGCGUCUUGCCAGUGACCACGGCCUGGCCCUCGUGUGCACACUGGACUUGCGCUAUUUGGCACUGAGACAAAGGCAGGCGGUGCUGAAUAAUGGGCUGAGUUUAAAGUCCCUGGCUGCAGACCUGCUCAAUGUCACCUUGGAUAAAUCUCUGGAGCUGCGCUGUAGUAACUGGGAAGCUGCAGACCUGAGUCAGGAGCAGAUGUCGUACGCAGCACGUGAUGCCCAGGUCUCGAUCUCUCUGUUUCUCUACCUGCUGGGACUCUACUCUGAGCCGUGCUUGCUGAGCGAGGAUGAAACUUCCUUCUCGAAGCUGGCUGGCCGCUGCCAGGGCCUGGUGGAUGUGCCCUUCAGGUGGCGCAGUGAAGGGGACGAAGGGGAACGUAGGCGCCGGUGCCGCAGAUCUACUGUAGAUAGUCCUGAGUCUGGUGAUCAGCAAGUACCAGACCCACGCAGAAACAAGCGGAAACCUCUUGGAGUUGGAUAUUCAGCCAGGAAAUCCCCGUUAUACGACAACUGCUUCCUUCACGCGCCCGAUGGCCAGCCACUCUGCACAUGCGACAAGAAAAAGGCAAAAUGGUACCUUGACAAAGGAAUAGGAGAGCUGGUCAGUGAGGAGCCCUUCAUCGUGCGCUUGCUGUUUGAGCCCUCGGGUCGCCCUGACUCUCAGGAAGACUAUUACCUCAAAGCCAAAGAAAAUCUCUGUGUGGUAUGUGGAAAAGCUGAUUCCUACAUCAGAAAGAACAUCGUUCCACAUGAGUACAGGCGCCAUUUCCCCACUGAGAUGAAGGACCACAACUCCCAUGACAUCUUGCUGCUGUGCACUUCCUGCCACGCGGCGUCUAACGUGUACGACGGCUUCCUAAAGCAGCAACUAGCAGACAAGUUCUCUGCCCCACUGGGCUGUGAGGAGGGUGUAAAGAUGCUGGAGGACUCGGAUCGGCGGCGGGUGCGAUCAGCUGCUCGUGCCCUUCUAAGUGCCAAAAACAGCAUGCCCGCUUCCAGGCGAGAAGAGCUCCUCUCCGUGGUUCAGGCAUACUUCUGCAAGGAAGGUGAGGAGAAGGACGUCACAGAGGGAAUGCUGUACACAGCCGCGGACCUGGAGACAAGGAUCUUUAAUGAGAGCUACGUGCCACAUGGACUGAAGGUGGUACAGGCGUAUGCUGACAGUGGACUUCCCGGUCUGAUCGAGUUGGAGCGGCGCUGGCGUCAGCACUUCCUGUCCAGCAUGCAGCCCAAGUUCCUACCUCCACUUUGGUCUGUCGACCAUAACCACGAGAAAUACCUGCGCAAGUAUGGAGAGAACCUAUUGAUUACUCUGACCUGAGCCCAUACUCUCUCUCCGUAGAGGUAGGCAGAGGUGGUUUGGCCCGAGGACAGGACGGUCUCGUCCCAAACCUGUGAUGUGUUUUAGUGUAUUUCUAAGAGAUGGACUUGAUCUGAUAUUGACUCCUACAUGAUGUGAGUUCUGAGAUUGUCGAUGAACUGGGAGAGAGCAACCACAGGCUCUUGAUUGUGGGCUCACUGUGAUUACUAAAGGGAUGAUGGGAGGAGUGAAAAAACUGAAAUGAUGAAACACACUGUAUGUACGACAUGAAGUGGGAGAACAGUUCUCAACUUUCCAUGAAAUGAAACUUGUAUAUUUUUAUCAGCCCAAACCUGCUCUUGAUUUUCUUAAAAUUAAAAAAAAUAUAUAGAGAUCUAUAUGGUGUAGGUUAAAAUUGUUGCAGGUUUGUGGUCCUAUUAAAUAUUUUGAAUAAUUGUGUGGUAAAUCUAGGGUUUUGCAAUAUGGGGCUGUAGACAGUGAUUAUUUUUUACAUGUUUUCACUCCUCAUAUUUCUAUAACUGAGAUUAUGCUCUUCAGUGUAUGUUGGUCUUUUAUGAUAGACUUGACAUAAUUGAAAACCUUUCACCUGAAAAUGAACAAUUCGUUCCUGUUUCUUAGAACUUUUUAGCCUUUCUGAUUCAUGAGCAUUUAUUUAUUCAGCAUAUGUUCGGAGAGGACGUGGCCACACCUUGCUUUCAUAUGCUUCCCAAAAUCCUAAACAUCAGUCAGGACACCUCAAAAUGCACAUUUCGUCCGCCCCCCCUCCCCCUGACUGCCAUGAUUUGGCGUAUAGCUCAUGACCAUAACGCUAAAUACCAUCUAAAGUUCAGUCUUUAACGGCCAGAGACACAGCUCCAUUAGCAGUAAUGAGGAAUUGUAAUUCUCAUUAUCGCCAUUGCAAAUGAGAUUUCCACUUUUGAGCAUGCAGAAUUCCGUUAAUGAAACUACAGCUUUUUUUUCCUUCCUUCUUUUAUUUACAUUUGUCCAGAUGUAACCUCAUUAAAAGCUGUUAUGUUUCCUUAAAUUGUUAUUAAAAUAUAUAUUUAAUGGUAAAUUGUCUCGGGGGUGCUGCAGAAGCAAUC